AGAUUUAUCGGGUGAGAACUUAUGCACUUUGCAGAUAGGAACGAGCCCUUCUCCGUCUCUGUUUUUCUCUCCCCACCAUAGAAGGAAAAAGACGGGACUCGGUUAGAGAAUUCUGUGGUUCUAUUGCAUCUCUGAUAGAGGGGAAGAGAGGGAUAGUUCAAAAUCACCCGGUUGGUAGAACGAGGCGAUACCAAGUCACACAAUGGAUCAAAUAUUGAACAAGGUAGGCUCGUAUUGGCUUGGCAAGAGGGCAAGCAAGGAGAUCGACUCCGUAGGCGAUGACUUCAAUUCUUUGCAAAGCAGUAUUGAAGGAGGAACUAAAUGGUUGGUCAACAAAAUCAAAGGAAAAAUGCAAAAGCCAUUGCCCGAGUUAUUGAAGGAAUAUGGAUUGGCUAUAGGAAUUUUCCCUCGUGAUGCCACCAAUUAUGAGUUUAAUGAAGAGACCGGAAAGCUUACUGUAUUUGUUCCCUCAAUCUGUGAAGUGGGAUACAGGGACUCAUCGGUCCUGCGUUUUGACACAACUGUAACUGGAUAUCUGGAGAAAGGGAAGCUAACCGAUGUAGAGGGUAUGAAGACAAAGGUUAUGAUUUGGGUUAAGGUCUCCUGUAUCACAGCGGAUGGAUCGAAACUCCAUUUCACAGCUGGGAUGAAGAAAAGCAGGAACAGAGAGGCUUAUGAGGUCCUUAGAGAUGGAGUCAGUGUAGAAAAGUUUUAAGGGGCAUGAUUUCUUCAGAGACAUAUCUUUAUGAAACGUACUUAUUCGCAUGGCUUUGGACCUGGUAUGUAUAUAUUGUGCGAGCACGAUCAGUAGAAAUAACUGCUUCCCAGUAAGGUGUUGUCCUAAGAACUUAAAAAUAAAAUAAAAGAAUUACGUUUGAACUUA